AUGAGAUUAAUUCAAGGGAAACAUUUCAAGGCAGAAUUAACUGACCUCAAGGCCACCAAUUCAGUGAAAUCAACGAGUCCAUUACUUCAAUUGAAUCCUUUUCUCGACUCUGAAGGCCUAAUCAGAGUAGGAGGCAGAAUUCAACGGUCUGAUUUAGCAUUCAAUCAGAAACAUGCAAUAUUGCUUCCCAAGAAUUCUGCUGCCACGCGUUUGAUAAUUGAGUGGACACAUCGCAAUUGUCUUCAUGCUGGUAUCCAGAGCACCCUCUACAAUAUUCGGCAACGGUUCUGGCUGCUAGAUGGAAAAAAUCAAGUUCGUCACGUUAUCAAGAAGUGCCACCGAUGUAUUCGUGCCAAGCCCCCUGACGUGGAAUAUCAAAUGGGCAUGCUACCCAGGGAAAGAGUGACAGCAACACGCCCAUUUUACAACACUGGUGUGGACUACUGCGGUCCAUUCUUCAUUAAGGAAAGGAGGUCCCGCAACCGUGGGCGUAUUAAGGUUUAUAUCGCCAUCUUCGUGUGCCUUUCUUCUAAGGCUGUACAUAUCGAGGUAGCCAGUGAUCUCACAACAGAAGCGUUCCUAACUGUUCUUCGCCGUUUCAUCAGCCGAAGAGGAUUAUGCUCUUCCAUCUCCUCUGACAACGGAACAAAUUUCAAGGGUGCCUGCAAUGAACUGAGAGAGCUCUAUCAACUGUUCAACUCCGAAGGACUGCAGAAGGAGCUUAACAAUUACAUUGCAGAGAAAGGAAUAACUUGGUAUUUCAUUCCACCCCAAGCACCUCAUGUGGGAGGUAUUUGGGAAGCCGCGGUGAAAUCAUUCAAGCACCAUUUCCUCCGAGUUGCCGAAAACACCCUGCUCAGCUUCGAAGACCUCACGACACUGGCUGCCGAGAUCGAAGCCAUCCUGAAUUCGCGUCCUUUGACGCCUAUGUCAUCGGAUCCCAACGACCUCUCAGCUCUCACACCUGCUCAUUUCCUGAUCGGUGAUACCUUCACCAAUUUGCCGGAGCCUAAUUUCAUCGAGACUCCGAGCAACCGCUUGUCUUCUUGGCAACACAUCCAGAAGCUGAAACAAGACUUCUGGAAUUGA